AUGAAAGAUCUGCUGAAGCUCUCCUUCUUCCUAGCCCAUGGACUCCUCGUCCUUGGGACCACCACAACAGGGGGUCCUCCCAAGUGCAAUGCCGACAACUGCUACCGCGCCCUCUUCCCCUGUCCAUCCCCAUCCGCUGUCUCCGUGGCCUCGGCGUUCUGCGCCACCAUAACCGCCUCCGGCACCACCGCAACCAACUAUCCUAUCCGAGCCACCAACGCCUGUGGUUCAACCCCCGAUCGCUACAUCUCCGCUUGCAAAUGCGGCCCAACCUGCUCUUUUACUACCACUACUACGGCUACCGCAACCGCCUGUCCCUCGGCUACACCUUCCAACGGCGGUGUAGUCUACGGUGACUUUGAAUGUCCAUCCCCUUCUCCCCCAUGGACCGUCCAAAUCCUCGAUCCCUCCUUCUCCCUCUCCACUACCACGACCAACAGCUUCACUGGUAACCGCUCUCUCCGCGCUUCUCUCACCAGCCCAUCCACCUGCUCUGGAGUCUGCACCAAUGCGCGCAUCAUUAGUCCUCCACUCCCGAUUACCCCAAACACCGAAUACAAACUAACCCUUGCCACUUUCUUCCCCAACAACGCCAACGGAGGCACCGGCUCAACCGGCUUCAUCGGCGUCCAAAUCAACGGGCGUGCAGGCCUGACCAUCGACGCCAACGACAGCCCGGGUCGCCAAAAAUGGCGCUUCACGCAGUCCCCUUGGCGUUCUCUUGCAUCUGAAACGACCGCUGAAAUUCGUAUCGAGUGGAUCGGCCCUCCCUCUUUCCUCGACACCGUCACUUUCGCCCCCGUCUCGGCCUAUUCCGGAUCAACCCCUCCGCCACUCGGCAUCCUUCCCGGCGGCGAGUUCGAGAACGGUUUAGGUUCCUGGACGCAACAAGUCCCCGACCCUGGUACCACCGCUGGCGUGGUCACCUUGCCCCUUCCCGGGCAAGUCAAUCCCGAUUACCGCUUCGGUUCGCACGCCUGGCGCGUUGUUUCUCCCCAGAAACCGAAUCCCGCGAACCAGGAGUUCCUCGUUUCUGCCCGCCUUAUUUCCCCAACCGUGUCGGUCAUUCCGGGACGAAAGUACUUGAUUAGCUUCUCCACGUACUUUGAUGCGUUUGGGAUUGGGUUCGUGGGGCUGAUGGUGAAUAACUUGCCGAUUUAUACGAGGGAUCCUGCGGAUGCAGGGCAGGGAGGGAUCGGCUGGUGGGGACCGAACACGGUUUACUGGACGGCGCCCGAGAACGCGUCGAGUGCGCAGCUCAAGUUCGAGGCGGUCAUGUCGGAGGCGGGGACGAUGGGGGUGGAUGCGGUGGUUAUGGUGGAGGUUAAUCCUGCUGCUGUCACUGCUUGAACAUCGAGCGAGAGGGGAUGUACUUGAUAUGGUGGGUGUGGCUGGUGGUGAUGUGGAGUUCGGAUACGGUUUGGUCUCAUUGUUGUCGAAAGUUCAGAUGGAGUGUGUACUACUUUACUUAUCUGACAAUGACACGGACAAGGGAUGUGCCUGUCCCCUUCAGUCGUCAAAACAUCAAGUUGUGGCUAUCCGACAGAGAAAUCACGGCAUAUGCUAUGCAGCAGUUGCAAGGUAUAAGAUCGAAGCGAUGUCCCUUUCCCCAGGGAUCUCACUUCCCAUGCCGUAGUGUCUAUCGACGCCGGGUGAUGGGGAGCCUGGGAUAGAUGAAACAAGAAGGGGAGAAGGCAAAAGUGUGAUACAGGAAGACGUGGUGGACUUGGUGGAAGCUGAGAGUUGGAAAGUGUCUCAUUGGAGUUGAAUGGCGAUUGGGCUCAAUUCAGUUGGGAUGCUGCUUGGGUCCUUGAUGGGAAAGAGUGCUGAUGGCAAUGUACUACCUAGGUACCCGACGUGAGGAAGGACCGAAGGGGGGCAGUUGCAAUACUGCAGUGUUUAUUCGAUUGGAGCCACAGUGGCACGCGGUCUACUUCAGUUCUUUGUCUCUACUUCAAUUCAAC